AUGAUUGCAAAAGACGUCCCUUCUCUUCCAAUGGGGGAUUCCCCAGAUCUAAUCCUGGUCCCCGCCACCCCAGCUGAGCGCAUCGCCUCCAUCAGACUGAACAGCAUCGUUUGGAAAGGCCCCCUGGACGUCGAAACUUAUAUCGCACGCGAGAACCAUCUUCUCGAGCAGCGACUGACCCGCGACGGACUGACAUGCUGGAUCCUGGUGGACCGCAACGAGCCCGAGGAUGACCGCACCAUUCUCAGCUCCUGCGAGUCGUACCGAAAGAAAGCACUGCUUGCGCACGACGGCCAGGUGGAAGAGGUUGGCACCCACGGCGUGGGCAGCGUCUACUGCCGGCCUGAGUUCCGGGGGAAGGGUUAUGCGAAGCGCAUGCUUGAGGAACUGAGUACUAAGAUCGAUACUUGGAAAAUGGAAAAGGAGCCCAGGGGCAGAGCAUUGUUCACUAUUCUUUUCUCAGAUAUUGGGAAGAAGUUCUAUGCUCAGUUUGGGUGGCGGCCUUAUCUUUCGUCGCACUUGGCUCUCCCGCCUGCGGAAGGAGUGACCCACGGAGCGGGCGAGAAGACGAGGGAUCUGUACGCGGAGGACGUCCGGAGCAACAUGUGCAACGACAUCAUUCUCGCUAAGCUGCGAGAUCAAUUACGAGUUGCUUCGCAAAAGUCCACCGGUGCCAAGGUCGCCAUUGUGCCUAACUUUGAUCACUUCGUAUGGCACUGGGCUCGUGAGGAGUUCUUCGCUCAAAGGUUGUGCUCGCACCGCCCCCCGCCCAUGAUCAAGGGCGCUGGAAACGAUGACGCUCGCGUGUACUGCGCUUGGAAUCGAAACUUUGGCGAACAACCCGAAGAUAACAUCCUGUACAUUCUGCGGUGGGUGUACGACGAUCCCACGACGCCAGAGGAAGAGCAGACACUGGUCCAGGCUAUGGCCGGUAUUUUGAAACGAGCUCAGCAAGAAGCACAUGAUUGGAAUAUGCACACGGUGGAGUUUUGGAACCCCACACCACUGCUGCAAAAGGCAGUGGCGUUGCUGGAUCCGGAUGCGCAGCUCGUGCACCGUGAGAAGAGCAGUAUUUCCAGUUUGCGUUGGACAGGUGCCGAGCUAGGACUUGGCAAGGAUGUGGAGUGGUUUUUGAACGAGAAGUACACUUGGUGCUAA